AUGCUGCUUAUUGGCGGCGUAAUUUCCGUGCUAGAUACAUUGCGCGAUUCCAACGACCUCGGCCAUCCGCUUUGUAAUCACCUUCGGCAAGGCGAUUGGCUGGCCAACUACCUCUGCGACCGUAUGCGCCUCCCUACUCAAAGCGUCUUGCGCCGCCUUACUGCUUCAAUGAUGCCUCAGCUUCUUGAUAAUCAGCUGGUUUGUUCUCGUUCCGAACCUGAAACCGCAUUUCCAACCUCUGCUUCCAAUAGAAUGUCUGGAGGUGGUCUCUGCACUUACGACAAUGUUAAGGGUCAUGACAACGCAUGCAAUAGUGCCAAUAACAACAUGCAUCGAUCUGGUCAAACUCAUGGGCUAUCUAGGACUGGUCUCUUGGUCUGGUUGACUCGUGGUGCGAUAACUGUGUCGCCCGAGUUGAGUUACUUUGCCUCUCUCCUUUCAAAGGUGUUGCAACCAGUUAGCAAGCUUCCACGCUAUCUGGUGCCCUCCUACUUUGAUCUCAUCAUCUUUAAUGUGCAUCGUCUUUUACUCCAAGAGGUUAGCUAUGUUCUAUUUUUUGUAGCUCAUUCGUAUUUUUUCUAA